UGUGACUAAUUCGCGGUUGUGUGGGUCCCUUCGGAUUGGACGCAAUCUUCGUUUCCCGUUUCAUUUUGUUCUUGCCGGUUCUUAAUUAGGGUUUCGUUCAUCUCUGGAACUGGAAGUUGUAACAAUGUCGGACCACUUGCCGACGGAGCUGAUCAUCGAGAUCCUCCUACGGGUGCCCGUCAAAUCCUUAAUUCGGUUUACCACCGUCUGCAAAUUGUGGCGCUCUCUUAUCACAAGUCCGUUUUUCGUCUCCUCGCACCUCUCAAACGCUAAAGAUCAAACCCUUCUCCUCAGGCGAUACGAUAAACACGACAAGAGGGAGCAUUAUACAAUCCUCAAAGAAAAUGAAAACGCUCCCCUCGGUGUCGAUCAUUCCUCAGAACUCGCGAUUCCCUUCAAAUCCCGAGUUGGAUAUUUCAGAAUAGUGGGGUCCUGCAAUGGGCUCGUAUGCUUAUCAGACGAUCUAUUCGCUACUACUUCGGGACCUACUAUAAUCUGGAACCCUAGCAUUAGAAAUCACCUCGUUGUACCUAUGCCCAGUAUCCUCCCUAAAGAGCCCCAUCUCGUUGUGCUUGGAUUUGGCGUUGCUGGUAAUGAUGCCAAGGUUGUGAGGCUGAUCUAUUACAGAAAACCCGAAGAUUUUGGUUUUCAAGAAUCGCCAGAAGUUGAGAUAUUUUCCCUUAAAGAAAGGAGUUGGCGUAGGGUGAGUGGGGUGGAUGUUAGGCUUCAAAUUCUUGAAUUUGUGUGGCAUCAUGCUUUCUUGAAUGGGAUUGUGCAUUGGCUCGCCUACAAAUUGAUGGAUGGUGAUGGCUCCCGAAGUUCGAUCUUGUCGUUUGAUAUUUGUAAAGAGGAGUUCAGUGAAGUGAUGUUGCCAUUGGAGUUGGGUAGGGAGCUUGCAACUGACUUGCAUAUAUCCUUGAUUGUGGGAUCACUCGGAGUGAUCAAAUACAGUAAAGAAGUAGGCCAUGAAUGGGGUGAUGUUUGGGCGAUGCGCGAGUAUGGUGUUAAAGAGUCGUGGACUAAGUUGUAUAGGAUUGAUAUGGCUGGUGGUGUAGAAAGAGUCGUUGCAUUUCGCAAAAAUGGUGAAGCUCUUGUAGCCUUGAAGAAUUUCGAGUUAGCUUCUUAUGAUUCGGAAACUGGUUUUGCAAAGAGUCUUGGAGUUUGUGGGACUACACGCUCGUUCUAUAUUGAUAGAUACGUUGAAAGCUUGCUCUUGUUUGGAGAACAUAGUGCAGGGGAACGUCGAGAAGAUUAAUGAAAAUGUAUUGCAGGAUUUGUGUCUAAAAUGUCGAGGAUACUCUGAAUCACUGCAUUUCCCCCUUGCAUUGUCGAACAAAUGCUGGGAUGGUGUGAAUUGUGGUAUUAGUGAUUGACCGAAAACUGAGUUUGUAUUAGAGUUCCAUGUUCUUAGUAUAUUUAUGCAUAUGUGCAUCAUAUCAGAGGGGUGAUUGUCGAUCCCCGUUGCCGUUGUGAUUUGUUGAUUUUAGGUACUUCAAUAUGAAAUAUGAGCAUUUGUUAUUCUUUUUU